GGGUUGAUGCAUAACAAACGUGGAUAACAAACGUGGAUUGGAUCCUUCAAGUAGCUCUCGUAUGUUUGUCCCCUAGUGGACCCCCAGCGUGCAGGACGCACGGACCACGCCCAACACGCUCACACAAAUGUCUGCCUGCCUGCCUGUACCUACCUGCCGACACGAGCUAGUCCCAACCAAUGAACGAACGGACGGACGAACCUACCGUCUUCCCAGGGCUGACUCUUGGCCCACACCCAACCCAAACCACACACUCAUUCACACACAUGCACACACGCGGAUCGAUCUGACCCGUCUGGCACCCAACCAAUCGACUCUCACUCACCACAGCGCACAAGCGACAACCGACUGUCCGUGGACGCGCUUACGGACUAGUCUAAGAAGACGAAAGACCAACAACCAUCUCGACCUUACUGACUGCAUUGAUGCACUGCCUCACGGAAGAAAAAAGAACACACACACACACACAUUGAUGUGCCCAUUCGUAUGUGUCUGCGGUACAAUUCCUGGAAAAAGUACGAGGCACCACCAGAGGGGGCAAAAGAAGUGAGCGACUCAAUUGUCCGCUUCCACACCCCCCUGGACAAUGUCAUAGCUCUCGUCGGUAAAGUCAUCUUGCCACCUGACACGACCACGACGCAGACAAACACACGUCAGUGCAGUGUGUGUAUGGAUGCGAUGCAGCAACUGGCUGCCGUCCGCCCAUCAUGCCCUGCGUGUUGCGUACAUGACGGGCGGCUUCUUGCCCUGAAGGCCCGUGUGCACAGACGUGUACGUAUGGUUCCUCAUGUCCGCGAGGCAGUGGCUGAUUUUGUCCGCGUACCAUGCCUGACAUGCAGCCCGCACACACGAAAGAAUAUGAUCAUCUCUCUCGAGUGAUGCUGCGACCACGGGUGGGUCCGUCGGCCGGCCCUCACCCGCAGCUGCUCGCCCUGUUCCCACACUUUGGCGGGCGUCGAUGGGUAGUCUGGCAAGGAAGAGACCAAGUCCGCCACAUACGCAAACUGACACACCGCCACAGCAAACUUGAUUGUCCCGCCUCUCGCAUACAUGUACCAGUGCACUGGUUGACCUGGAAGGACAUGAAGGAGUUGGCGUCCUUAAUCUCAGUCGCCUUCUUCUGCAGCCACGUCUGGAUGUCCUUUUCCUGCUCGGCCGCACUGGGCACUUUGAUGCGGCCCACAACGAUGUCACGAGCGUAGUGCGCCUGGGAGCAAGCACCACAGGACAGACAGACUCAGAUAAUUGGUGUGGAUGUGGGUGUGGGUGUUGCUUUGGUUGACAAGAGGUGAGUGCAGUUUACCUGCACGUCGAUCAUCGGGAGGGAGAAUGCCUGGUCCUGAGCGCCGAUGUAGAAGAGCUGGUUGUUCUUCUGCCACACGAUACCCUGAAUGUCAACCACCGAGGGAAAUCGACUGACUCUUGUCGAUUGGGUACCCUAGCCUCUGUGACGCACCUUGUAGAGAUUGGGAGGGUAGAGAUCGUUCGCCGCUUCCAGCCUCAGGGGCUCGGGCAAGAACGGAUAAUGGUGCAAGUAGCCUACGAGAACAGGAGAUAGAUACAUACCGGGACAGCAAUUUGUCGUUUCCGGGUGUGCGGUUAUUGCCGCAGCGCCUCCCUCCUCCGUACCCGUGCAGAGGAUGAUGGUGUCAGGUUGGAGGGUCGAUCCAUCGAUGAAGUGCACAGUCUGGCCCUCAACGCGCUGUACAUUCGGCCUUUCGUCGAUGUUAGCCGGCCAUAUAUUCUCACUCCUCUGCGUGCGAUAGCACACCGUCGCGCCUAAGACCAAUUGUAUGUGUAGUGAUGCGCUGCGCCAUAUUCUGUGUCGCCUCCCCCUCCUCCCCUUCUGCCCACCUGUCGCGCCGUACUUGACGCAGGUGAUAGCGAUGUCUUCGCCCGAGUAGUGAUUCCCAACGCACAGAACAUGCUGCCCCUUCAUCUCCUUGGCGUCCUUGAAAUCCUUGCUGUGCAGCACCUUGCCCGGGAAGCUCUGCAGGCCCUCUAUCUUGGGGAGGCAUGGGAACCAGUAGUGACCUGCACACAGACACAAACCAGGCAGUGCACACCGACACCAAACGAACCAGAGCACACCAAACCUCUGUCUUGGUGUUGUCGAUAAAGCAAGCGUGUAUGUGUGACCUACCUGUGCACACGAAGAGGAAGUCGGCCGUGUCUAUGGUGGUCGAUCCGGCGGCGAGGUCAUGGAUCUUGACACGAAACUGACGAGUGGCCGCAUCGUAGGUCACGUCUUGAACUUGAUGCCUGAACUUAAUGAAAUGUCGAACUCGUUUCUUCUCGGCCCGUGCAGCGAUGUAGUCGGCCAUCUCUUUGCGCUUCAUGUAUGACGGCGAGGGGCCGCCGUAGUGCUCCAGGAACGUGUAGGUUGGCAGCUCCUGGAUCUCCUUCGCCACCUGACCCCAGAUACCAGCCAACAAACCAACCAUAAAGAGCCGAUUCGCACGUAUUGCAUCGGUUUGGUGACGCAAUAAAUCCCUCUCUCCCUCCGUCCCUUCCGCCCCGGAUCACUCACGUUGGUCCACAUGUACCUAAGGGACAAAAUCAAUGACUGUGGGGCAGGGCGUUUGCAUGACGAGUAGCUGCGUGGACUCACUUGUACUGCGCCGAGUGGCCGCCCUUUUCUGUCAAUCGUCAUUGCCCCCCCCAAUCCUGCAGCCAACCCGCACACACACAACCAACCACUUGAGAGCAUGCCCUCGCAUGUAUAGGUCGCCUACCUCCUGCCUUUCGUAUGCGACGAGAUUGGCGACUCCCAGGUCGGCAGACAUCGCGAGAGGGGCGCUGAGAUCUGCAAAUGCCGAGAGGACGGCAGUGCCUGAUGGGCCAGCACCUAUGACGAGGACCCUCGUGCUCAUUUCACAACCAAGGAGGGACCCUCGUGCAGCGUGAUUUCGACUGAAUGGAGUAUAAGCGGUGUGAAGCACGCCAACAGAUAGAUCUACUCACCCAGAGAAGUGAU